GCGGGGCGGACCCGGAAGAGCCCCGAGGGGGCGGAGGGGUGCCCGGCUGGGGCCAUGGGCGCCUUCCUCCUCCUCCUCCUCCUUCUCCCGCUGCUGCCGCUGUCCCGGGCCGCCACCGGCGAGGCGGUGUGCGGGAGCUGCCCCGGACCGCCGCGGAGCGGCUCCAUCGUGGCCAGGUUCUGCGCGUCCCGGCCUGGCACCGAGAGCGAGGGGCGCUGCUGCCGGGAACGGGGCGCCCACCCGGAGCGGCUGCUGGGGCUGGACCUGAGCAACUGCUCCCUGCAUGACCUCCCCCCGGGGCUGGCCGAGGCUGCAGCCGCCGUCGUCCUGGACCUGACGGAGAACCCGCUGACAACCCUCCCCAACGGCUCCUUCCUGGGCUUCACCCACCUGCAGUGCCUCGCGCUGCCGCUGCCGCUGGAGUGCCCGGGUGGGAGCAGCGCCUGGGAGGAGGUGACGACAAACGGGAGCAGCCGGCUCUGCCAAGGCCAGAGGAACCCCUGCAACGGCUCUGGGGAGCUCGCCUGGCCGUGCCCUGAGAACGCCGCCUGUGCCCCCGACGGCCCCGGCCUCGUCCAGUGCCUCUGUGACAGCCCCUUCCACGGCUACAAGUGCCUGCGGGAGGGCACAUUCCCCGUGCUGCUCUUCUGUGGGAUCCUGGGAGCCACCACCAUGGCCCUGGCCCUCCUGCUGUGGGGCACCCAGCGCCGGAAAGCCAAGACCCCCUGAGCGGGGAGGGGGCGUCUGUGCCAGGGCCUCUGCGGAGGCCAGGGGCAGGGUCAGGGGCUCUGGGUCCCAGGGGGGUCCGUGCCCUGGGGUCUGGCUCGCCAUGUGGGGGCUGAGGAUGAAUAAAACUCGCAGCAGCCUCA